AUGGCAGAUGUUCGGUCUGUCCGGCUCCCGGCCACGUCUGCACGACUGAAUGCGGCGCCUGCGUCGACGGAGCUCGGCUGGUUCGAGACGGCUCGGCGCGACGGUGACGCCGUGGUCGACCUGCGGCCGGGCGACUCUGUGGCGUGGGACAACAUCACGGUGCCGUCGCAGGCGGUGUGGGAUGUGUAUGUCCACUACCAGCCGCUGGUCGACGAGCCAAUCGAGGUCAGUCUGACGUUCAACGACCGCUUUGACCGGGUGGUCGCCCUCCGCGGCCGCCGCCGCGACGAGCUCAUUGCCCACUCGCUCUCGCGGGCCGCCAUCAACAAGCGCAUCGCCAAGCACCGGACCGAGCUGGAGAACGCGCGCCGCGCCCGCGCUGGCUUCUACCUCGACCACAAGGACUACUUUGACGUCCAUCCGGGCAACUUUGACGAGGUCACCACCGACUGCGACAACUCGGCCUCGUCCGACGACGACAACAUCUCAGACCCGGCCUCGCUCUUCUCCGCCGACCCGUCGUCGUCGUCGUACUCCUCGUCCUCCGCCUCUGGCUCUGCCGCCGACCGCUCCUCGGCAGGCUCGUCGUCGCUCACCGCCACAGACGGCACAGAGACCGCAGAGGACGGCCGCUACAACGCUCAGACUGCGGACUCUUCCUGCGCCGGCGAUGACGCCAACACCAAGAAGUCGCGCUUUGGCUUGUCCAACCCGUUCUCGAAAAAGGCCAAGGCUGCCAAGGCGAACAAUGGCACCGACGCCGACCCCGCCGCCGCCGCCGCUCCUGCUGUUGCUCCUGCUGCCGCCGACGUGCCUUCCAAGGACGCGCCCGCGGACACCACCCCGCUGGCCGAGGCUGCUUCGCUCGGCACUGAGUUUGUCACCGAGACAAAGGACGAGACGGCGCCAAAGGCGCAAGCGACACCGCACUCGCAGGCGGAAGGCACCGGGAUGACGGCCACGGUCAACAAUGCCUUCUCGCGGUUUGGUGCGACUGCACUGGACGUGACCGUCGACACCACCGACGCGAUCUUUGAUGCUGCCACCGGAGGCUUCAACGACGACGACUACCUGGAUGUGGAGGCGCUCGCCCAGCGCCAACGGAUGGGUGCGGCGACAACGCCCGAAAUGACUCGGCGCCGCUACCGGGUGGCCUCGUUCCGGCUCACUGCCGGCGUCCACAACCUCGAGCUGGCGCUCAACGGCUUUGCGGGUGACUCGCACCCACGCAUGCACCUAGUGGGCGUCAUCCUCCGCCCGCGUGAGCUCCUCGCCGAAGCCGACGUGCUCGGCGACGACGGCGAGAUCAUCGAGUUUUCCGAAGGCGACGAGUUUGGCCAGCUUGUUGUCGCCAACGACAAGCUCCGCGAGAACGAGGCCGUCUCAGGCAAGCUUCUUCUCGCCAUGCUCUGCUCGGUCCCGCUCACCGCUGUCAUCUUCUCCACGCUCUUUGCUUUUGCCGCCUACGGCUUCCUCUGGCGCGAGGACGGGUGGUCGCACCACCAGUGGGCGGUCACCGCCCUGUACGUCUUCCUCGGCGCGCUCUUUGUGCUUGACGUUGCUGUCUUUGCCAUUUCUCGGUUCAUCUACGCCUCGGUGGCGCACUUUGCGGUCAUCACCGGCGUUGUCGUUGUCCAGCUUCUCCUGCUCAUGAUUCCGACGCUCGUCGUCUCCAUCAUUGCCAUCCACAAGGAGGACAAUCCGUCGCGGCUGGUGGUGGCCACCUUUACCACGCUCGUUCUCGUCUCGAUAUACCUUGUCUCCUCGCUCUGCGUCUACAUUCUCGGCGGCUCCGAGUCGACGCGCAACGAGAACACGGCCGAGAGGGCGUCGAACAACGUGGUGGCCCAGACCGGUGAGCAGUUUGAGCACACGCGGCGGGCCCGCAGGAUCAACCUCACCGCCAACUCGGUCCUCGAGUUCAAGUCGCUCUUUGCCUCGCUCUUCCAGAAGCGCUUUGUCGACCGGACCACCUUUAGCUUUGACAUCCUCAACCUGCUCUUCACCGGCGCCCUCAUUGUCGAGUUUAUGCAGCUUGUCAACCUUGCCAUCAUUCCCUCCAUCCAGUCGACCGGCGCACAGACGACUCGCGACGUCACGGCCUUCUCCACGCUCAACUUUACCGACUUUGCCGACAACUUUUCGCUCGACUUUAUCACCACCUUUUACGCCGUCAUCGGCUUUGGCGUCGUCCUCUUCUUUGUGCGCCUCUUCCUCGAGCGGUGGGAUAAGUUCAACGCGCUUGAUGAGCUGGCAGAUGCCGUCAUCGGCCUUGUCUACGUCCCGCUCUUUGGCAUUCUCUUUGCCGCUCUUGACUGCACCCAGAACACCGAGCAGGCGCGCUGGACCUUUGACGCCGAGGAGAACGCCGACGGCUCGCCUUCGACCUCCAUCUCGUGCUACCGCGGUGACCACCGGCACUACAUCUGGUCCGCUCUCAUCGCCGCCAUGUUCUUCCACAUCGGCUUCUCCACUUUCCUCUCGCGCCAGACGCUCAAGGUCGAGGAGGGCAAGCUGCGGUACUACCCGGCUAUGAAGCUCCUCUCGCUCCAGUUCAAGCUCUUCCUCGUCCUCGUCACUACCUUUUUCUCCUCGUUUGAGUGGGCGUCGCUCGCCACCCAGCUGAUCACCAACCUCGGCCUCCUCUACCUGCACCGCAUCUACGGGCCGACUACCGUCCCGUUCUUCAACAUUGUGCGGACGUUCAUGAUGUUUGCCGCCCUCGCCGCUAACGUCGUCGCCUUCCUCGGCUACGGCCUCACUGAGGACAACGAGACCUCUGGCUUCCUCGGCCUCCUCCCGGCCAUCGUCAUCCUCAGCAUCUGGCUCAUUCUCUUCUGUCUCAUGAUCUUUCGCUACCAGGCCCGCAAGAAGACCAUUGCUGUUCGCGCAAAGUCGUCGGUCGACCACGAGGCCCUCCUCCGCAACGCCACCGACAACUACCACUACGAGUACGACUACGUCGGCGACGACUCGGUCGUCGACUCGAUCGACAUCAAGUCGCGCGACUCGGACGAUUCGUCAGCCUCGUCGGGGGCGUCAGCCUCGUCGGGGGCGUCAGCCUCGUCGUCGGCCUCGUCGCCGACUUCGUCGUCGGCCUCUUCGUCGGCCUCGUCAUCGUCGUAAAGUCUUUCUCUACCUUUCGC